UAAAGAGAGGAGGGAAGGGCCUAUAAGCGAAGAGGCAAACCUGGGGCUCGCCUAACCGGUAAAGAAAGGAUUGGUGGCAUCUCCCUUGUUAAUCUUUCUGGACGAAGGCCGUCUAAAGAGAAGAGGGUCCCCAGGCAACAGAAACGUCUUUCAGUAUAGGAUUCAAGAACAAACGUACGGAAAAGGUGACGCAGUUUUAAAGAGCGCUGUGAGAAACCUCCCCCCCUCCCCCAAGCUCAGUGCGUGGGAUCCGUGCAUGUAGCCUUCCAACAAACUUAAGACAGCGCCGCCUGCAACGGCGGGAAAACACUGGGUUUUAUUUUUUCGCCUUACACGUGGAGCUGGUAGGCUACAAACAGCUCAAGCUGAUCACUUGUUCGGCUAGAAAGUGAUUCCGACCUUUUUGUUGUUCGAUCCCCUUCUUUCUGAAUAAUUCUGGAGAGACCGCGCACUUCGAACUCAAACCGGAGGCAACGUCGAAACGAAGCGAGCAACGCGCCCUAGGGCAGAGGAGGAAGUAGUUAGUCACAAGCGCCGGCCCUGCCGCUCAUGUGCUGCUCGAUCCACCGCGUCUGCAGCGGGAUCAAUUUACACCAGCCGUGACAGCAGAGCAAGCUUCAGAGAAGGGCCGCUUGCAAAUACGCCACCGUAGUUGCCGUUUAAUGUCGGGCUGUUGCGGUGGCUGUUGCGUGACGUCUUGGGAAACCUGCGCUUGGGAGGGCGAACGGAAGGACGAUCUUGCUUGUUGCAGAUGCGGCUAUUCGACAGAUCCAUCAAGGAAGCCAACAGAGGGAAGCUUGCAUUGCCAAUCUCUGCCACAUAAUCUCCUGCUUUGGCCCUCUGAUGGCAGUAGGCACUUUGCUGUGAAACUUGCCAAGCUGGACGCCACAGUUUUGAACGACUAUUCUUUGGCAGCUGUUGUUCCCUCUCCUGAGACAACUAAUCAUGCAAUCUUAGCCUGUAGUACAGGCAUUCAUGAAGAGCACUAUGUAAGUGAAGCUGUGGUAAACAAUGUGUCAGACUGCAGGGAAUACAGAGAUGCUGGCACCAUUACUGAUGUGUGCAAUAGUACUGAUCUUCCCGAAGUUGAAAUCAUCAGUCUCCUGGAAGAGCAGCUCCCCCAUUACAAGCUAAGAGCCGAUACAAUCUAUGGUUAUGACCACGACGAUUGGCUUCAUACUCCUCUUAUUUCUCCUGAUGUGAACAUUGACUUAACAACUGAGCAGAUAGAAGAGACAUUGAAAUACUUCCUUUUAUGUGCUGAACGAGUGGGCCAGAUGACUAAGACAUACAAUGACAUUGAUGCUGUUACACGUCUUCUUGAGGAAAAAGAACGGGAUUUAGAAUUAGCUGCUCGAAUUGGCCAGUCAUUGCUAAAGAAGAAUAAAACUCUUACUGAGAGAAAUGAACUUCUUGAAGAACAAGUAGAACAUAUCAGGGAAGAGGUUUCUCAACUGCGUCAUGAGCUGUCAAUGAAAGAUGAGCUUCUUCAGUUUUAUACCAGCGCUGCUGAAGAGAGUGAGCCAGAUUCCAUCUGUUCAACUCCAUUGAAGAGGAAUGAAUCAUCUUCAUCUGUCCAGAAUUAUUUUCAUUUUGAUUCUCUUCAAAAGAAGCUGAAGGAUCUCGAAGAGGAGAAUGUUGUCCUUAGAUCAGAGGCCUGCCAACUGAAGACUGAAACCAUUACUUAUGAAGAGAAAGAACAGCAACUUGUAAAUGAUUGUGUAAAGGAGCUCAGAGAUGCAAAUCUUCAGAUUGCCAGUAUUUCAGAAGAGUUAGCUAAGAAGACUGAAGAUGCUUCCCGACAACAGGAAGAAAUCACCCAUCUUCUCUCUCAGAUAGUGGAUUUGCAGAAAAAGGCAAAAGCUUGUACAGUGGAAAAUGAAGAACUUGUCCAACAUUUGGGAGCAGCUAAAGAUGCCCAAAGGCAACUCACAGCCGAAUUGCGAGAGCUGGAAGAUAAAUAUGCAGAAUGUAUGGAAAUGCUUCAUGAAGCACAAGAAGAAUUGAAGAAUCUUAGGAAUAAGACAAUGCCAAAUGCUAUAUCACGCCGUUACCAUUCAUUAGGCCUUUUUCCAAUGGAUUCCUUAGCUGCGGAAAUUGAAGGAUCAAUGCGAAAAGAGCUGCAUCUGGAUGAUACUGACUGCUCAGAUUCAAAUCAUCACAAGAGAGUGUUUGACACUGUACGAAACAUCAAUCAGGUAGUAAAGCAGAGAUCCCUAACUCCAUCUCCAAUGAACAUCCCAGGAUCUAACCAGUCUUCCACAAUGAAUUCAAUCAUUUCUAGCUGUGUCAGCACACCACGAUCCAGUUUCUAUGGAGGAGACGUUUCCAAUAUUGAGCUGGAUAAUAAGAUGAAUAGUAUCAUCCUAGAAACUGAAUCCACUGACUCUAGAGAUGAAGAGAAGAACAAGAAACCAGGAACACCAGGAACACCGGGUUCUUGUGACCUGGAAAAAGCCCUUCGAAGGUUGUCCCUUCGGAGGGAGAAUUAUCUGUCAGAAAGGAGGUUUUUUGAAGAAGAACAGGAAAGAAAGUUGAGAGAAUUAGCAGAGAAGGGGGAACUUCAUAGUGGUUCCAUUACUCCAACAGAGAGUAUUAUGUCAUUUAGAACACACUCUGGGUUUUCUGAAUUUACUGGCUAUUCAGGAAUAUCUAUCAGCAGUCGUUCAUACCUCCCAGAGAAGCUUCAGAUUGUGAAGCCCUUAGAAGGUUCUGCCACACUGCAUCAUUGGCAACAACUUGCUCAGCCUCAUCUAGGAGGCAUCCUAGACCCAAGGCCUGGGGUUGUUACUAAGGGCUUCUGCACUCUUGAUCUUGAUCUGGAUGAAGUGUAUUGCCUUAAUGAUUUUGAAGAAGAUGAGUCAGGUGAAAUUACAUACAAAGGCUUAACUACCUCAACACCGAUUCAGCACACAGAGACCUCAGUACAUCAUCCUGGGAAGUGCAUGUCACAAACCAACUCCACAUUUACCUUUACCACUUGCCGUAUUCUACAUCCUUCCGACGAGCUCACACGAGUCACACCAAGCCUUAAUGCAGCACCUACUCCAGCUUGUAGCAAUGUUGGCAAUUUGAAAGGCACUCCGGUGGCCACCCCAUGUACUCCUCGGCGCCUGAGUUUGGUAGAAUCCUUCACUAAUGUUCGGGAAUCCACAACUACAAUGAGUACAUCCUUAGGACUUGUAUGGCUUCUCAAGGAACAUGGGAUAUCAGCAGCAGUGUAUAACCCACAAAGUUGGGACAGAGUGGGCAGGAACACUCUUCUGAGCACAUAUUCUCCAAGAAUGACUGCCAUUCCCUCCACUCCUCCAAACUCACCUAUGCAGACACCUUCUUCUUCCCCACCAUCUUUUGAGUUCAAAUGUCCCAGUCCUCCUUAUGACAACUUCCUGGCUUCCAAACCAGCUAGUUCAAUUCUGAAGGAAGUAAGAGACAAAAAAAAUAUCAGAAAUAGUGAGAGUCAAACUGAUGUGUCUGUCUCCAACCUUAACCUAGUGGACAAAGUAAAAAGGUUUGGAAUUGCCAAGGUUGUAAAUUCAGGGGAAACACAAGCUCUUAAAUUAACUGAUAAACAAGGACCUCUUUUCUGUGGAUCACAAAAGUCUGGAGGCCUGCUGCCUGAGAGUUUGCCUUUGGGUUGCCCUGCUGUGACAACUGCUAUUGGAGGCAUUCAGUUGAACACUGGCAUUAGAAGGAAUCAAAGUUUCCCAACUAUGGUUGGUUCGAGCAUGCAGAUGAAAGGUCCAUCAUCUCUAACCCCUGGAAUCCUAAUGGGAGGAAAACUUCCCAAGCAAACUAGCUUACGAUAAAUGGCUUAAUAUAUCUCAAGCUCCUCCUUCAAACACUUUUUUCUUCCAUUUGUUAUUGAGUUUGACAAAUCAACUUUGUGCCUAAUUGGAGAAAGUGUAAAAUUUAUAUAGAAUGUAAAUAUGUAUUAGAUGUAUUGUAGAUGAAUAAGGUCACUGUUUUGAAUAUGUAACAUGCUAAAAUUUUGAAAAGCUGUUUUGUUUUUCUUUGCACUGAAAAAAGUGGUCCUUGCACAGGGAAAAAGAAUGAUCAAUUCUCUAGUUAGCCUAACUUGACAUGACAACAGGAUCAUUUGGCAAGGAUUACUGAUCAUGCUGUCAGAAUUGCAAGAUUUCAGGAUGGGUAGUGAAUUCUAUGAGGAGUCUUCAUUUUUCAUGAAGUGUUCAUCAUAGCAGUAGCUUAGCAUUUUGACCAUUUUCUUUGGCCUUUGUAGUAAGGAGGGAACAUUGUACUUCAGGGGUCAUAAUUCUAACUGAUUUGAUUUUUCCCUUAUGAAAUAAACUUGAAAUAAUAUAUAUUGAGAAGCAUUGCUAAGCGUGCUCCCUGCCUCUACUGUUUUGUAGCAUGACCAUAUUCUAUAUUAUUUUUUUCAAAGCUGCACUGGUUAUAAAGUGAAAAGUAUUUAAAUAAACUUUUACUGCAGACACAGAAAAAUCAUGAUGACAUAUCCAAAAUGAAAGUAAUACCUUAGAAUUAUUCUUUGCUUCAAUGUUAAAAAUACUAAAAUAAAUAUCUCUUUCCUUGGGAGCCAAAGUUAUUGAAUGAGUUGAUAGUAGGCCUCUUUAAAAAUAAAAUUUAUAUCUGUAAUACAAAAAAUGCCAAAAUAGCAAGUGUUAAAGUAAAAGGAAUGACAUUUGUAGCCACUUCCCAUGUCUCUAGCUUUUGAGUUACUGAAAGUUAAUAAUUUUAUAAACAAAAUAUAAAACAUUAUUAGUUUAACUCACCCUUUCUAACAAGGAUAUAAGUACAAAAAUAGGGACUAACAGUUCUAAUUUUUGUUCUAGGAUUUUAAUGAAAAGCUUCAGAUUUUAAAUAUUUAUUUUCUCAAGGAUGAUGACUUUUUGUUAUCCUAAUUUAUAGUUGGCUCAAUAAUCCAGAAUCAAACUCUGAUUUCUAAUUAUUUGUUACUAAUUACAAACAAAUCACUAUAUUCUCCAGCAUUUAGAGACAACAGAAAAAUUCUGCUUGACUGAAAAGCAUAAACCUGUAUUUCUUACUUUUCAACUGUGUUGCAUGGUUUAGGAUUCCAAGUCUCAUUCAGAUAAUGCUUAAAGCAGUCCAGCAUGUAGAAAUGGGGGGAAGGGGAGGACUUAAAACAGAAUGGAGUACAAAAGGAACUCCACAAUCUAGGAGACUCGUGUCAUGGGAUGCCUCUUCAUUUUUGAGGAGGUUAUCUAGGAAGCUCAUAGAAAUGAUUAUGUAAAUCACAGAUGUUUUAGAGUUAUUUGGAAGCAAUUGGUAUAUUUAGGUUGUAUGAAUGCACGUGUUUUUUGUCUUUAAAAAAAUCAGUUUCUGUUUAUUUAAUGCCAGUGCAUCAGUUUCCACAUAAUUGCUAUAUAUUUCAGUUCUGUCAGACUUUUAAUUAAAAUACCACUGUAUUAGAUGAAUCAUGGUGUGUGUGUGUGUGUGUGUGUGUGUACAUGCCUACAUACCUACAUAAACACACACACAUACACACUUGGUGGAUCAUUCAGUUCAGUACCACAAUGAGCAAUGAGCAUGUAGAUGUAGAAGAAUGAAAGAGGAUAGUACGUGCCAUCAAUUUUUGCAUGUGUUUUCAGACUUCUAUUUAUUUCACAUAUUGUUCUUGGCUCUACUUUCCCUUUAUAUGUGUGCAUUUAAUUGCAAAAAUGCAACAUCUUUUUAUCUGGCUGUAUCUUAAAGAGAACUAAUAAAUUGAUAAUUUUAAAUAAAUGAAAAAAAUCA